AUGUCUCGGGAAGCUAUAGCAUUUAACUUGAAAUUGCCAGGAGACCCCUGUUCAGUAGAUUGUUUUGGUUACGGGGGUCUCCUCGUUGAUUCCGAUCCUCAUAAUCGACUGUAUAAAGCUUGUCAUCGUUUCACGGGUCAGGAUAUAAUACUGUUACACAUUGCGUCAAAUGAUUUGGCAAAUGGUGUACCUGCUCGAAAAGUUGUGGAUGAUCUGUUGGAGUUUGCCAAUGCCAUUCACAGGCGCUUUAACACAAAGACAAUGCCAAAACGUAAAGCUUCUGAGGUUGAUGAUGUGGAGGAGAAUACAGCAGCUCAUCUUUUGCUCAAUCCUGUUUUGGCUGUUAAUGCUGCAGAAUUAUUUUCAAGUCAGUCACAAACCUCAGGUAUCUCCAAUUCCUAUGCCCAACCUAAAGGAUUGUCAAUUUCAAGACAUGUUAGUGACCUGCUGAAGGCGGACAUUUGGGCAGAUAAGUUUGUUAAUUUUGCAUUAUUAUUGACUGGAUCAUUUGCAACGCAAUUGGCAUUGAACAUUACUGAGACAGAAGAUGAUGAGCCAACACUAAGGAUCUCUUCUGCUCCCAAAUCCAAAGUUUUAACCUUUGAUCAGUGGCAUAAAGCCUUUGGAAUUUUCAUGGGCAUUUUGCUCCAGAAGGAUCCUUUGUGUGCUCAGAGUCUUUUGGCUUAUUCUAGUCUAUUAUCAGAGCUUUUCACAUCAUAUGGCAUCAAAGUUGUGCACUUUUACGAUUCCCAAUUUUGGUUAUUACGCCAAUCUGGACCCUACCCCUGGGACCAAAUUCAUUUUGAUCUUUGGUUGAGAGCAACAACAUUGCAUGGGCCUAUGGCAAAUAAAACUCCACCUCCAUCCUCCCAUAAUCCAUCAAUAUCUCGUAGUCUGUCAUGCUUUAAUUUUAAUAGUCAGUUAGGUUGCAGACGUAAAAGAUGCAAGUAUUCACACGUUUGCAGCAAAUGUGGUUAUAACCAUCCUGUUUCCCGAUGUUAUAGUAAUAGACAAGAUGGAUCAAGUAGUAGUAUGUCAACUUCUCGUUCUCCUAACACCAAUCCCAUUUUAACUUCUCAAAUGAUAGGUGCUAAUAAUAAUUUUACACUUUUAAAUGUUAACUCAUUUCCAGUUUCUGCGUCUUCUAUACCACCCCCAAUGAUGACACAACCACCACCAAUACCAGAUCCACAAGCUCAAUCCCGUUAUUCAUUUCGCAAGAACAAUUCGUCUGGUAAAACUUCCAACCCCAGUAAAUCCAAGUAA